CGCGUGGGCGGCGUGGUGUGAACCACACAUUUAUAUAUUUAUAUAUAUUUAUUUGUUACGUGAAACUUUUUGCAAGCUGCUCAUAUAUUAUCGUCAUUAUUAUUAUAAUAGAUUUAUUAACCGAGCACAGUCUGCGAGCGUGUUAAGCAAUCGGGGGGGGUUCCCGCUUCCGCUUCGGCCCAGCGGGAGUCGCGGCCGCUGUCGGCUUCUGUCAGCCCCCCACCACCACCGUCUUUAUCUCCCCUUUUAUACUUUCUUUAAAAAGCGUCGCGUCAGAAGCCCGCCAGGAGGUGUAAACGUUCGCGUUCGUUCGUUUAAAAGCGGCUAAAUUUGUUAAUAAAUCGAGAGAGAGAGAUACGGGGGGGAUAACCGACGCUCGUUCGCCGGCCGGCGCAAGGCCUCGCACACCUCCCUCCCCUUAGGCGGUGUCGCCUGGAUGCGCGGCCGACACUCGGGCGCCCAAGCCCCGCCGUGUGAUCCAGGCGAGGUCGGGGAUCGCGGGUGCGGCCCCGUAGCCCGUGGGCAGUGCUGACGUGCACAUUGAAAUUUAAAAAAAGCUCCUCUCGUGAGACGUAUUUACUUACGUUUAAAAAGAAAGCACACGGGACUUAAACUUGUUUUAAAAGAUCAACUGCACGAAAUAUUUUUUUUCCAGACGAGUGUAAUUUCGCCGUGAACUAAAGCAAUCGACGAUGGCUCCCAAAGGCAAGCAAGGCACCAAGGGCCAAAAGCAGAUCGUGGAGGAGAACAAGGAGACGCUGACGUUCUACACACGUGUCAUCAUCGGAGCAAUUGCUAUAUAUGUCCUUGUCCACCUCGUGCUCUUCUAUAGUUCUUCAACUUUUUGGUCCUGGGCAAUGCUUCUGCUGGCACUCCUGGCGCAGGGCGGCUGCAGGCACGUGAUGGUGCACAUGGCGGUCGCCUCGUACUCGGGGGAUGGAGUUCUGCUCGACGGAGGCAUCGACCUCAACAUGGAGCAGGGCCUGGCCGAGCACUUGAAGGACGUUAUUCUGCUCACAGCUAUCGUCCAAGUGCUCAGUUGCAUAUCAAACUACUUCUGGCUGCUUUGGCUAUUGGCUCCGGCCAGGGCGGCGCAGCUGCUCUGGGUGAACAUCCUGGGACCCUGGUUCACGGCGCAGCCGGAGCAGCAGCAGCAGGAAGUGAGCGAGAAGAAGCAGCGCAAGAUGGAGCGCAAGCAGAUGAAGCGCUUCUGAUGCGGUCGCUUCACGGGCGCAUGGCAGGAGCUUCCGCGUCAAAGCAAACCUCUCGCGACACCGCGCGAAGCACACGCCAGUCACGUGCCACGGGUUUACAGAAAUACUUUUUCCAUUUAAAAGCGGCUGGGUGGCGGCAGGUGCCAUGGUGACAGGAUGCCGCCGCCGCCGCCACCUCGGGUGCGGUUUCCAAGCCUGGGCCUCGACGUGCCAGGCAAGCGCCACGAGGUGGUGUCGGAAAUGAAAUGAUGAUCACCUUAUUGAGCAGAUAGCAUUGAUUUUGUGAAGGAAUGUUAACAUUGCGCUGGUAAUUAUGCUGUUGCCCGUCAAAUACUGUACUAAAUUACCAAAACAAAGUAAUUCUGGUUCUCUGCGGGAUGACGAGGUUUAGAAGCAAAAGGCCUUUAUUUAAGAGCUGGGUAACACUUGGCUAAGCGGGCGUAAGGCAGUAAUUAAUCCUUUCCUGUUCCAAUGACGUACAUGUAUGUCAUCAGUUUUUCGUUCCGUUCCGAUGGCUUGCGUGUGCGUCGUCAAAACGGGAAGAAAAAAAAAUAACUUGAACGGUACCAAGGCUUCCACGAGGCCAUGCGGGAGGGCGUGUGGCAGUUUCGUGGCAGCUAUCGUGCGGUCGUGUCGCUACAGUUCUCUGCGAUGAGUAAGCCUUGAAAAGCAGCAGUGUCGUGCCUCUAGAAUGUAACGCUAACCUCUCGCGCGUUCCGAGAUUCGGCGGCAAACUGGACACCCACCCUGCAACUUGCAGACUUCUCGGAACGGGGAAAGGGUUAACGUGCUGAUGAACACUUUGAAAUUCACGCGAAAACCUCGUCGCCUCGGAUCGGGACUUGUUGAAUUGGUGCAGCUCUAACAGUAAUGGACUUUUUUUUUUAAAGACUUGCUGGAUGACGGAAUAUAAACGAAAACUGUUCAAUGACUCCAGUGUUCUGUCAUCAUCAUUGCUCGAAAGGCUGGGCAUAAAAACCGCACUCUGCGGUGGUUUGCAUGACCAAAACAACGUUUGCGGUGGAAAUUUAUGGCCAAGCAUCUGUAAUAAGUGGGUGAUUUUUUUACUUUUGCUAUGAAAAAGCAAGUAGACUCAAACAGUCAAAGCUCUGCAUUUGGUAAAACGUUGCCAAUUCACGACAGGAUUUUCACGUUCGCUUUUCUGCCAGUAAGCUCUCGAUGAAACCCAUUAGCAUUUCGACAAAAUGGAUACUUGGAUGGGGAAAAAAAUGCAUCUCAACAUCAGGACAUUUAUAGAUUAAUUUAUUAAAAGUCAAACUGUAUCGAUCGCCCAUGAUCAAAGAUUGCCGUCGGUAGGACCCCAACACCUCUUCAUUGGCCACUGCCUGAUGGAACCGGUCAUGGAUAUCCUGAGGGCGUUGCCAUGUCCCAAGCGCGGAUGAUGGUGGCCGACGGUUUGGGAGUUUGUGCUUGCGGGCAAAUGCAAUUGGUGCACAGGUGACGAGUCGAGGGACGGAGUGAGGGAAAAGGUGCCCGUAGCGGAAGACUCCUUUCUCAAACCGUUUAAUAGAAAUUGAUGUUUUGAGCUUCGAUGCCAUUUCGCAGAAAUAUUGAGAUUCUCUCAGUGGGGUUUUUUUUGGGGGAUGUAGGGGAAGUGCUGGAGGGAGAUGUGGACCUUGACAAAGCUGUUCGUGUCGGUGGCAUUGAAGGGCAAAGGCUGGUGGGAAGAGGAUCAAUAAAAAUAAAUGCAAGAAUUUGUUUUCAACUUCUAGCCAAGUGAAACAUUUUGUUGGGACCCCGGUCACCCCCAAACUUCCGUUAUGUUCACACACAACCUGCUGCUGCUACAUCACUCGAGCUUCCAGACUUGCAGCAAUGGCCAGCGCAUUGGACACAAUAGGAGUACGUGGCAAUGCAAACUCCUUUUUAGGAAAUUUCACCUCCACC